ACUCACUCCACUCACUCACACAAACACACGUCGAGCAGAGAACCAGAUUAUGAUCCAGUCUCCGCCUCAGAGUCUCUGUCUGUCGGCGCUUUACGCUCCAGGAAUACCGAGCUCCGUUUAUCUAUUAAUACACUCACAUUAAUUCAAUUUAUAUCACUUCUUGCGUGGACGUGCGGGAUUGCACACUACCUGUCCAGUUUGUGUGUUUGUGUGUUUCUCUCCGGUUCACCUGAGGCGCACGAGGACAUCGUUUGCAUGAAACUGUGGCCAGACAACAGCAGUGGAUGCAGUUACGCUCCAUCCCUAGAGGGACGGUGGAAGAGUGGGCGUGGCUCUGAAGACGACCAGCUGACCCCCGGCGGAGGAUCCACCUCGGUUAAAGUUUCCUCCAGAAGCAUCCUGAAGCGCAACAUGUCGCUCAGCACCUUCCAGCUCAUGCAGACUCUGAAGAACUCUCCGGCCGCGCUGCGCCGCCGCUUCCGCCGCGACCGCACCGAGUCGCUGUCGCACGGCGACCCGCUCUUCAAGGUGCACUACCUGGGCACGGAGAAGAUCUUCUCCCUGGACCGCGAGCAGGCGCAGGACGCCAUCAGCCGCCUGCUGGACGGCGUCGCUAGCGGGAAGAAGCUGAGCAAAGAGCACGCGCUGGUGGUGCGGCCGCGCUACGUGGAGGUGAAGGAGCUGAGCACCGGCCGCCAGCUCACCAAGACCUACCUGCAGGACAUCGCCUACUGCGCCGCCGACGCCACCCGGCCCAACGUCUUCCUGUACAUCUGCAAGCAUCAGGGCCAGCAGCUGCAGUGCCGCGUGUUCUGGUGCAGCCGGGCGGAGCGGGCGCGGGACAUGACGGCGUGCUUGGCGCACUCCUUCCAGCGCGCGCUGAGCGACUGGCAGCAGGACGGCUCGGCCACGCUGCAGCACGCCGACGGGAAGAAUAAACGGGCCGAGGAGUCAAACAACUCGCCCGCCAACUCCAAGAGCUCAACGCUGCCCGCCAGUCUGGGGAAAGUUCGUUGGAAGAAGAGGGGCUCGGUGUCUCGCAGCCCCCUCAGAUCCAUCACCAGGAGAGGCUCCGCCUCCGACAGCUGGAACUGAACCCCAUAUUUCAUAUUUCAUCACAUAACUGGACCAAGUUUACCUGACGACAGCCUCCAGGACGUCGCCACUGCUGGGAGGGAGGGACUAACAGGAAGUGUCCAUAUUUGGAAGUGUCCAUAUAUGGACGUGUGAGGACUUGUGAGAGGAUGUUGCAGUAACCAGCGAGUGUUUGGACCUGAAGGUUUGGACGCGGCACAGUUUGUUGCCAGGUUUGCGUCCGACGUAGCAGAAAACGCUGCUGAGCCUUUUGAUCUCCGGUCAGCAGCGACUCGAGGACUUGUGGACUUGUGACUCGACUGCUUCACUUCCUGGACGCUCUCGUUUGUUUUCUAAGACACUUAAACCACCAAAGAGUUUGGACUGUUUGGAAAAAGACGAUUAUAAACUGACCAGGACAGCAGCUGUUUGCCUCAGAUGACGAACAAAAA